CAUUGCAACCAAAGUCACGCAACAGAAUGCCUGCUACAUUUCCAUCAUGAACAGAAGCGAGAUGCCCCGCUUUGAUAACCUGGCCCGCCUGGCAGAAGAAAGCAGGAAACUGCUUGGCAUUUUUGGAAGACAUACCAAGACGAUCACCUUUGUCACCAACGGACUGGUCAACAACCUCUACUCCUAUGGAACAGAGAUCACGGCUAUGUGCAGCGGACUCACCACCUACCUGGCUACCGAAGUUCACAGUGAAUCUUUCCAAGGUCCCCAGGUGAAUCUGGGAUCAUGCAUUACCCUCGAUGUCCUGAGAGUUGUAGAGCUGACAUACUGCAAUAGCAAUGGCAAUUGGAACGGCAAUGGUAACUGGAAUGGCCAAUGGAACGGCAACGGUAAUGGCAACUGGAAUGGCAUUUGGAAUGGCAUUGGCAAUGGCAACUGGAACAACAAUUGGAACGGCAACUGGGACAACAAUUGGAAUGGCAUUGGCAAUGGCAACUGGAACAACAACUGGAAUGGCAUCGGCAACAACAACUGGAACAACAACUGGAACAACAUCUGGAAUGGCAAUGGCCAAUGGAAUGGCAACUGGAACAACAACUGGAAUGGCAAUAACAACUGGAAUGGCAACUGGAAUGGCAAUAACAACUGGAAUGGCAACUGGAACAACAAUUGGAAUGGCAAUUGGAAUGGAAAUUUCCCGUCUCAGCAGAUUCCCAGUGGCAUCUUCAACAACACACAAGUCAUCAUUGGUGGCCAGUCCCAAAUUGUGACCAUCAACAGGCAAUGGCGUGUGGCCGUCAUUGAGCAGAGGAGCUUCAGCGGGUCCUGGAAAACCAUCUGGAACUACAACACGGGUGUGAUUGCAACCAAAGUCACUCAACAGAACGCCUGCUAUAUUUCCAUCAUGAACAGAAGCGAGAUGCCCCGCUUUGAUAACCUGGCCCACCUGGCAGAAGAGAGCAGGAACCUGAUCGGUGCUUUUGGAAGACAUACCAAGAGGAUCACCUUUGUCACCAAUGGACUGGUCAACAACCUCAACUCCUAUGGAAUAGACAUCACGGCUAUGUGCAGCGGGCUCACCACCUACCUGGCUUACGAAGUUAACACUUUCCAAGGACCCCAGCUGAAUCUGGGAUCAUGCAUUACCCUUGAUGUCCUGAGAGUUGUGGACUUGAAGUACUGCAUUGGCAAUGGCAGUAUCAAUUUCCCGACUCAGCAGAUUCCCAGUGGCAUCUUCAACCACACUCAAGUCAUCAUUGGUGGCCAGUCCCAAAUUGUGACCAUCAACAGGCAAUGGCGUGUGGCUGUCAUUGAGCAAAGGAACAUCAGCGGGUCCUGGAAAACCAUCUGGAACUACAACACGGGCGUCAUUGCAACCAAAGUCACGCAACAGAAUGCCUGCUACAUUUCCAUCAUGAACAGAAGCGAGAUGCCCCGCUUUGAUAACCUGGCCCGCCUGGCAGAAGAGAGCAGGAAACUGCUUGGCAUUUUUGGAAGACAUACCAAGAGGAUCACCUUUGUCACCAACGGACUGGUCAACAACCUCUACUCCUAUGGAACAGAGAUCACGGCUAUGUGCAGCGGACUCACCACCUACAUGGCUACCGAAGUUCACAGUGAAUCUUUCCAAGGUCCCCAGGUGAAUCUGGGAUCAUGCAUUACCCUCGAUGUCCUGAGAGUUGUAGAGCUGACAUACUGCAAUAGCAAUGGCAAUUGGAACGGCAAUGGCAACUGGAAUGGCCAAUGGAACGGCAAUGGCAAUGACAACUGGAAUGGCAUUUGGAAUGGCAUUGGCAACGGUAACUGGAACAACAAUUGGAACGGCAACUGGGACAACAAUUGGAAUGGCAUUGGCAACAACAACUGGAACAACCACUGGAAUGGUAUCGGCAACAACAACUGGAACAACAACUGGAACAACAUCUGGAAUGGCAAUGGCCAAUGGAAUGGCAACUGGAACAACAAUUGGAAUGGCAAUAACAACUGGAAUGGCAACUGGAAUGGCAAUAACAAUUGGAAUGGCAACUGGAACAACAAUUGGAAUGGCAAUAACAACUGGAAUGGCAACUGGAACAACAACUGGAAUGGCAACUGGAAUGGCAAUUGGAAUGGCAAUGGCAACUGGAAUGGCAAUUGGAAUGGAAAUUUCCCGUCUCAGCAGAUUCCCAGUGGCAUCUUCAACAACACACAAGUCAUCAUUGGUGGCCAGUCUCAAAUUGUGACCAUCAACAGGCAAUGGCGUGUGGCCGUCAUUGAGCAGAGGAGCUUCAGCGGGUCCUGGAAAACCAUCUGGAACUACAACACGGGUGUCAUUGCAACCAAAGUCACUCAACAGAACACCUGCUACAUUUCCAUCAUGAACAGAAGUGAGAUGCCCCGCUUUGAUAACCUGGCCCACCUGGCACAAGAGAGCAGGAACCUGAUCGGUGCUUUUGGAAGACCAACCAAGAGGAUCACCUUUGUCACCAAUGGACUGGUCAACAACCUCAACUCCUAUGGAAUAGACAUCACGGCUAUGUGCAGCGGACUCACCACCUACCUGGCUUACGAAGUUAACACUUUCCAAGGACCCCAGUUGAAUCUGGGAUCAUGCAUUACCCUCGAUGUCCUGAGAGUUGUGGACCUGAAGUACUGCAUUGGCAAUGGCAGUGUCAAUUUCCCGACUCAGCAGAUUCCCAGUGGCAUCUUCAACCACACUCAAGUCAUCAUUGGGGGCCAGUCCCAGAUUGUGACAAUCAACAGGCAAUGGCGUGUGGCCGUCAUUGAGCAAAGGAACAUCAGUGGGUCCUGGAAAACCAUCUGGAACUACAACACGGGCGUCAUUGCAACCAAAGUCACGCAACAGAACGCCUGCUACAUUUCCAUCAUGAACAGAAGCGAGAUGCCCCGCUUUGAUAACCUGGCCCGCCUGGCAGAAGAAAGCAGGAAACUGCUUGGCAUUUUUGGAAGACAUACCAAGAGGAUCACCUUUGUCACCAACGGACUGGUCAACAACCUCUACUCCUAUGGAACAGAGAUCACGGCUAUGUGCAGCGGACUCACCACCUACAUGGCUACCGAAGUUCACAGUGAAUCUUUCCAAGGUCCCCAGGUGAAUCUGGGAUCAUGCAUUACCCUCGAUGUCCUGAGAGUUGUAGAGCUGACAUACUGCAAUAGCAAUGGCAAUUGGAAUGGCAAUGGUAACUGGAAUGGCCAAUGGAACGGCAACGGCAAUGGCAACUGGAAUGGCAUUUGGAAUGGCAUUGGCAAUGGCAACUGGAACAACAAUUGGAACAACAAUUGGAACAACAAUUGGAAUGGCAUUGGCAAUGGCAAGUGGAAUGGCAUUUGGAACGGCAACGGCAAUGGCAACUGGAAUGGCAUUUGGAAUGGCAUUGGCAAUGGCAACUGGAACAACAAUUGGAAUGGCAAUUGGAAUGGCAACUGGGAGAACAACUGGAAUGGUAACUGGAACAACAACUGGAACAAUAAUUGGAAUGGCAAUGGCCAAUGGAACAACAAUUGGAAUGGCAUUGGCGACAAUAUCUGGAACAACAAUUGGAAUGGCAUUGGCAAUGGCAACUGGAAUGGCAACUGGAAUGGCAAUAACAUCUGGAAUGGCAAUUGGAAUGGCAAUAACAACUGGAAUGGCAAUUGGAAUGGCAAUGGCAACUGGAAUGGUAUUUGGAAUGGCAACAGCAAUUGGAAUGGCAGUGGCAUCUGGAACGGCAGCUGGAAUGGCGAUUUCCCGCAGUCAGAUAACAACCAACAAAUCAUCACUGAUGGAGAUUCCCACAUCUCCAUCUCUGGCGGAGACUCUCAUAUCUCCAUCUCUGGUGUCUCACAAAGCAUAAGCAUCAAUAGCCAAACACAGAAGGCAAUUAUGGAGCAAAAGAGCAACCAUUUGUCCUGGAAAACCAUCUGGAACUACAACACAGGUAUCAUUGUAACAAAAGUGAUGCCAGAGAGAACGUGCUACAUUUCCACCAUGAACAGGAGUGAGAUGCCUACUUUUGCUGUACUUGUCAGAGUGGCUGCAGAGAGGAGGAACCUGAUUGGCGUUUUUGGAAGACCUGCCAAGGAGAUCACUUUUGUGACCAAUGGAUUGGUCAGCAACCUCAUGUCUUAUGGAGCAGAUGUCUUCUCUAUGUGCAGUGGACUCACCACCUACAUGACCCAUGAAGUUCACGUACCCCAAUACAAUCAACGAUCAUGCACUGCACUUAACGUCUUGAGACUUGUGGAGCUAAAGUACUGCAAUGGCAAUGGACAGGUCGGAAAAUCUUACAUUUCUUGAACCAAGAUCCAGCCUUCAAAGCUGCUGCCCAAAGCCAACCCUGAUACCGUUCUUCCCUGAUAUCUCUUCUUUCAAGAGUUUUGUUUUUCAUGGUUCAGAAACUUAAAAACAGAUAAUUUGUUGACUAAAGCUUUCAAUUAAAAAACCUUUUGCAUAGAUGA